ACGAACAAGGAAGGCGGGGGAGGAAAGCGGAAGCCGCGGGGCCUUCUAAAUACGAAAGUCUCCGGAGCUUGCGCCAGGCUCUUCGCGGCGCCCCCCACUUAGACGCGGGGCUUCUGAGCGGGUGGGGGAGAAGGAACUGUUGCCGGUGCGGAGACCAGGCGGCCAGCGUCUGCAGGGAUGAACCUCGAGUUGCUGGAGUCCUUUGGACAGAACUAUCCAGAGGAAGCUGAUGGAACUUUGGAUUGCAUCAGCAUGGCCCUGACUUGCACCUUUAACAGGUGGGGCACACUGCUUGCUGUUGGCUGUAACGAUGGCCGAAUUGUUAUUUGGGAUUUCUUGACAAGAGGCAUUGCUAAAAUAAUUAGUGCACACAUCCAUCCAGUCUGUUCUUUGUGUUGGAGUCGAGAUGGUCAUAAGCUCGUGAGUGCUUCUACAGAUAACAUAGUGUCACAGUGGGAUGUUCUUUCUGGAGAUUGCGACCAGAGGUUUCGAUUCCCUUCACCCAUCUUAAAAGUCCAAUAUCAUCCUCGAGAUCAGAACAAGGUUCUCGUGUGUCCCAUGAAAUCUGCUCCUGUCAUGUUGACCCUUUCAGAUUCCAAACAUGUUGUUCUGCCGGUAGACGAUGACUCGGAUUUGAACGUGGUGGCAUCUUUUGAUAGGCGAGGGGAAUAUAUUUAUACAGGAAAUGCAAAAGGCAAGAUCUUGGUCCUAAAAACAGACUCUCAGGAUCUUGUUGCUUCCUUCAGAGUAACAACGGGAACAAGCAAUACCACAGCCAUUAAGUCUAUUGAGUUUGCCCGAAAGGGGAGUUGCUUCCUGAUUAACACAGCAGAUCGAAUAAUCAGAGUUUAUGACGGCAGAGAGAUUUUAACGUGUGGACGGGACGGAGAGCCUGAGCCUAUGCAGAAACUGCAGGACUUGGUGAACAGGACUCCAUGGAAAAAAUGUUGCUUCUCUGGGGAUGGGGAGUACAUAGUGGCAGGCUCAGCGAGGCAGCAUGCGCUGUAUAUCUGGGAAAAGAGCAUUGGCAAUCUGGUGAAGAUCUUGCAUGGGACCAGAGGGGAGCUCCUGCUGGACGUGGCUUGGCAUCCAGUUCGACCCAUCAUAGCUUCUAUUUCUAGUGGAGUGGUGUCCAUUUGGGCCCAAAAUCAAGUAGAAAAUUGGAGUGCAUUUGCACCAGAUUUCAAAGAGUUGGAUGAAAAUGUAGAAUAUGAGGAAAGAGAAUCAGAAUUUGAUAUUGAGGACGAAGAUAAGAGUGAGCCUGAGCAAACAGGGGCUGAUGCUGCUGAAGAUGAGGAAGUGGAUGUCACCAGUGUGGAUCCCAUUGCUGCCUUCUGUAGCAGAAGACCCUGAAGAGAAUCCGUAUGGCCCCCCACCGGAUGCAGUCCCAACCUCCUUGAUGGAUGAAGGGGCUAGCUCAGAGAAGAAGAGGCAGUCUUCAGCAGACGGGUCCCAGCCUCCAAAGAAGAAACCUAAAACGACCAAUAUAGAGCUCCAAGGAGUGCCGAAUGACGGUGAGAAGCCUCCUUAUUUAUUCCCCGUGUCUGUGGUUUCAUUACUUUAUGUCCAAUAAGUCAUUUCCUACUUGAGCCAUUUCUACUCUAAAGGAGUUUCCCAUGAGUUUUUCUACACAGCUUUACAGUUCUGUGAUAAUUGAGUUUGUGUUCACUUUUAAAAUGGGGACAUUCUGCCUCCAGUGUCUUGCCUACAAUGACACACCUUGUCUUCUGACACAUGUGUCAGGAUUUGUUUCCUUGAACUGUUCAUCCCCCUCCUGCCGGCCUCCACAAUAGAGUGGCUUUACUGCCCGGUACAGUGCCAGUCCGAGCUGCAUGGUCAUUUCCUCCUGCUUGCCUCUGCAGUGAGUGGCAGCUUUCCUUACCACAUGUUGCAAUGCUUUGAUAAGGGGAGGGUGGUAUUACCUAACGUUGGGUAUCUUCCAUUCUUUUUUCUUAUAGAUAAUAGUAGAUCACUUAGGUAUACGACUGUACAGUCUCUGAUGUGUACACUUGAUUCCAGGCACCACUGUGUAGUUUCUGUACGAUUGCUCAUAUUGUCAUCUGCCCUGCAAGUUAGUUUAUUAUUUUUGCUUUGCAAAGGAGAAAAGUUGGACUGAAGUAGCUUAGUUUGUCCAAGGUCUCACAGAGAAUGGACUCAGGUCUCUUGCCCUAGUCUGUGCAUUUCUUUUCUGAUCCUGUAUAUGUGUGUGUUGUGUGUUCCGCACACCCCUGUUCAGGCUUGGAUCACGUUAGUAUGAGUGGGUAUUUUAAUUGUUUUCUGGUUUGGAGUGGCUGUGGUUUGGUAUAAACCAUAUAGAUUUGUGUGUGCCUUUGGUCCAGCAAGUACUUGUCAAUUUAGUAGACAUUCUUUUGUAAUUUUAAAAAUAAUCAAUUUUUUUCUUAAGAGUAGUGAUGUGGGACACAAUAGCAAAGCUCUUUGCACUCAAAGGUCUGGUUGGGAUGCAGGACCAGGGUGGUAUGCACUGUCUUUCAUGGCUGUCUGUCCCUCUGCAGAAGUCCAUCCACUGCUGGGUGUGAAGGGGGAUGGCAAAUCCAAGAAGAAGCAAGCAGGCCGGCCUAAAGGAUCAAAAGGUAAAGAGAAAGAUUCUCCAUUUAAACCGAAACUCUACAAAGGGGACAGAGGUUUACCUCUGGAAGGAUCAACGAAGGGUAAAGUGCAGGCGGGACUCAGCCAGCCCUUGGCAGGUAAGGACACAUUGGGAGCACCAUCUGGCUUGCUUUGUGGCCUUGCUUUGUACAGCUGACUUCCUUUAACUGCAGUGGGAUUUUCCCUCCCUGUCUUCCUUCCUUCUCCCCAGCAUCAAAUAAUCCCUGGAGCUCAAGCUGCUAAGGGCAAGCUAAACCAAAAUCGACUUAAUUCAUUGGCUCUCACCCCUAGGUCCAUAAGUAGAUGUCAAGGGUCCCAGAUACACACAGAAUGUUAUGUGAGUGUAAGAACUCGCACUUUCCAUUGGAUUCCUAUAGGAAAAUCUGUGACCCAGAAAGCGAUGAGCCUCUAGCUAAUACAUUUCUUAGUCUCUGUCUGCCUUUGGUGUUUUGCUUUUACAUUUUUAUUUGUAGAUUUUUCUUUAGUUUGUUUUUUAUUUUAGCCCUAAGGCAAGUAGUCAGAAAUACAAGCUGGUUUGAUAUAACACCUGACUAUUAAACUUCAUCAUCUUCAUACUGAUGAGAUUCCCCAAGAAGUAGGGUUCUUCCUCAACCAUCUAAGGAAAGGAGGAAGUUUCUUAUCGGUACCAUAAUGUUAAAGAAGAAAAAAGGCUUUGAGGUUUCCUCCAAUAUUCGAGACUAGGAGGAAAAUGCCAAAAAGACAUUUUUAACUUAUAAGUGUCCUUUAGGUUGGCCUUAGCCUUUAAUAUCUGACCCUUUCAGCCCCUAAUAUGUGAUACACAAUUGAGUCCCAUCAACAAGUGGAAAUACCUGUGAACCAGUUAACUCGUGCUUGUUUGAAAAAAAAAAUUUUUUUUUUUUUCCCGGAGCUGGGGACCGAACCCAGGGCCUUGCGCUUGCUAGACAAGCGCUCUACCACUGAGCUAAAUCCCCAACCCCGCUUGUUUGAAAAAUAAUGAUCAAGUUAGAGCUCAUCACCACUUAAAUGUCCUUGGGACUUAAAGUUUAUAUCUAUCCAUUAGGUAGACACAUACACAUAUACAUGCGCGCGCAUGCAUGCGCGCGCGCACGCGCGCACACACACACACACACACACACACACACACACACACACACACACACAGUGUGAGUGUGAGAGAGAGAGAGAGUACUUUGUUAAUAUAAUAUGCUUUUUUGUCCUAAUUGACACAGGUUAGAUAAAGUGUCAGUGGUUAUUAUAUUUAGGUUUUUUUCCCUCCACUUUAAAAUUUAAUUUACAUGUGUUAAAAGUACAUAUGAUAAAUAGUGGAAUACAAAGUGGAAUUCUUUGUUCAAUUUGGUUAAUUGUUGCCUAUAAGUAGGAAUUAUUUUCUACAGAGAAAUUGAAGAAGAGACUGGGUCUUUAGUCCCCUGAGUUUGGUACAUCUAGACUUGAGGUUUUCAGCAUUGUACCACUGCGUCUGCUAGUUCCCCUGGAGUGAGUGUGGCUGUUACGUCCCUACCUCCAUGCUGAGGCCAAGGCUGUGUGUGUGGAUCAUAAAAGAGUCAGCAAGGGCUACAGAGGAGCAGUCGUUUGAUUGCUACAAACAAAGAUGGUCUUUCUAUAGCCCAUGUGCAUAAGAUUAACAGUUAAGAAUGUGAGCUCGAGUGGAUUUUCUGGCACAAAAAGCCCAGUUGCUUUUAGCAUGAUUUAAAAUGUGGCCAGAUGUAUACAAUUAAUCAGCACUUUAGGACAGGGUCUCCGUGCUGCCUUUUUUCUUUUUUUUUUUUUUUUUUUUUUUUCUUUUCUUUUUUUUCGGAGCUGGGGACCGAACCCAGGGCCUUGCGCUUGCUAGGCAAGCGCUCUACCACUGAGCUAAAUCCCCAACCCCUUUCUUUUUUUUUUUUUUUUUUUUUUAAAUCAAAGAAAGUGACUCACUGUGUCACAGACCAGGCUGACCUCGAGCUUGGAGAGAUCUUCCUGCCUCUGUCUCCAGAGUGCUGACGAUGUAUGUGUGCGAGCAUGCCUCACUUUUCUCCCCUCUAAUUCUUCAGGACCAUUCUAUAAGGACGUAGGGAAUCUGUGGUAUGGCUCCAUAGAGCAGCAUUUGCCUAACUUGUGUAAGGCCCUGUGUUUGAGCUGCAUCACCAGAAAAAAAAAUUAGUUAAAAUUAAUCUUGUGCUUUCCAAUAGGAUGUAUAUAUAGUAAAUGAUAAAUAAACCAGUACAGAAUUUUAAAAUUCUUUCUCAAUAAUAGAAUGGCUUAAAAUUUCAAUUUUAGUUGAUAUGUUCACUAGUAUGUCUAAAUGAGAACCAAGAUCAAAAUGUUGGAAAAUCUACUCAGUUUUGGGGAAUAAAUUUUUUAUUCCUCAAAUUCCAUAAAUACUGAAUCUGUACACUAGUAUUAUUGUCUUAGUGGCAAAAAAGAGUUUGCAAUAAAAUCCUGAACUGUGUGUGGUGCCUACUGGGUCUUCAUGCAGGCCAGCAUUUUAACUUUUCUCUAGGGUCCUGUGAAGUCGACACGUCCAUUGUUACCUAGUUUAGCUUCCAGGCUGAAGAAGUACUGAGUCAUUAAAGGUAGACGUGUAUGUUCAGGAGCCAGGGUAGUUCACGAUGGCUUAUCCUAAUUACUUUUGGGAAGCACUGAAGUGGGUGAGCCUUAAGAAGAGGCUGUUUAACAGCUCUGUCCUUAAGGACUAGAGAACUUGCCCCUGCUGGGGUGAGAGGACAGACAGAUUCUGUUUAUAAGGAGCAGAGCAGCCCCUGUCCUGCAGCCCCUCCCGACUGCAUGCUUCGUGUGCUUCUCUGUGCAACUCUGUGUCCUCCUUCCUGUGUUCUCCUCCGCCUUGAUUCAUUGAUCUGUUCCUGAAUGGAAAUCUCCAGAAUAGACUGAAUACCACAGUGCUAAGGAACAGAACCUAGCUUAACCUCAGCAGUGAGCCUGAGGCAUGGCUCCAAGACCUUCGGAGGGCUGCCUGUGGCUUUCCUGACAGGGCAGUACAGUUUGGAACUUUGUGAGGCUACAAUUUUGUCCCACAUAAUUUUAGAAAUACUGCUUUCAGAGUAAGCUAUCAUAUCUUCUAUGUGGAGUUCUUUGGUUGAGGCAAGGGCUUCUUCAUUCAAUAGCAUGAUGGUUUUGGAGGUUCUUGAGCAAACCUGGAGCUGUUGCUGCUAUGUUGUGGCCCAGGGGCCUCUAAGGAAGCUGACAUUUUUACAAUUCAGAUGUUUUCAAUAUAAGAUAGUAUAUAGCAAUUGUUUUCACCAGAUGUUAAAAAGUAAAACUCAUACAGAGUGCCUGUAGCAGAGAUCCCUUCGAAAAUUAGCCCACAGUAUUGGGGUGUAGGUCAAUGUUAGAGCUGGCCUAGCAUGUGCAAGGCUGUAGGUUCUACUCUCAGCACUGCAGAAACAGUCUGCUCUGAGGAUUGUGUUAAAGGUUCAUUUCUGUGGCCUCCCCCUUUUGGGAGUGGGCGGCAGUCAGGACAGGGUUUCUCUGUGUAGCACUCUAUAGACCAGGCUGGCCUCAAACUCACAGAGAUCCACCUGUGCUGAGUGCUGGGCUCUAAAGUGUGAAUUUCCUUUGACUGGGUAAUUUUUGCAUUAGUGUCAAAAUUUUGAAGGCAGAAUUGUAGGGGUAAGCUGUGUAUGCUCUAGCCAGAUAAAUGAUAGCUGUUUAUUAAUAUGUGCAAGUGGCCAUUUUGUAAACCUUAAUAACUCUAACAAAAAAACUCCCCUUAUCUGCCAUGUUAUGACAGAUUAAGGAUUAGGGGGAAAUUGGAAAGCAGAUAAUUCACUGUCAAUCAGUCUGGGACUACUGUAGUCCUUUUGUGUCACACAGCUUGUUAGUGUUGAAUUACAUAGGAAGGGCAGCACUAAUGAGGAUACUUCUCGAGGAAACCCGAUAAAAGUAACCCUGAGUCAGGGACUCUCCAGGGACAGGCCUGCUUGACACCAUUUGUCUAAUCUCUGUUUCUGUCACCUUAACUCUAUUUCCGAGCUUGAGGUGAGAACACAAGCUCCAUUUUCCUCGUUACCCAGACUUCUGGUUCCUCAUCAGCACAGUGCCACAGAGGACUGGUUUGUCACAGAUAGAAUCUUACCCCACCCCCAUGUAGACACUAGUGUCUUGAUCCACACCUGGAUCUGUUGAAGGUGUCAAAGACCAAAGUGUGCAGAAGAGCUGCUGCAUAGAGAAAGGACACUGUGCUCACUGCCCUACUUUGGGGCAACUAUUCACUGCCUUCUGGAACUAGACUCACCCAAUCGCUUGCCAAAACCCCGAUUAGAUAAGCCGGUAAUGAGUUAACUGCUCAUUUGUCCUUCCUCCUCUUUUUUAGAAAUAAUUAUCACUCAAAGACUAAUUUAUGGAUUCUAGUAAGACUUGAUGCCUAGUUGGAUAUUCUGUCUCAUAUCUGUAUAAUCAUCCUAGCUGACCAAUGAAGGAUUGGAAAUCAUGUCUGAGUAUUCAUUCUCUUUGGCCAUCCUGAAUUAGGCUCUGCUGGGAGAGACCAAAAAUAGCUGUGAAUCUCAAGCUGAAUUUUUCUUAAUACUAAACUGCUGGAGACUUCCUGUAUGAUGCAACUAACUGGUUUCUGUGAGCCAGAUGCUGCAGGCCUUGUAGGCUGUUUUCUUACGUUUCAGUAGAAAGCUUGUAUCUGGUCUUAAUUUCAGUCUGUCCUUAGCAAAUGUGACUGUUUUUAUUGCCAGUUUUCAUUUAUAUAUUAGAACUUCAUUUUAAAAAUAACAUUCACAGCAACUUUAUAAAUGAAAACCUUUUUUAUUAUGCAGUUGAUUUUCACCAUUUUACCACUCCAAGCCUUGUGCAACCCCUCACUGAAGUUAGAUCCUGGAGGUUUUCUUCACC